UCUAAGGCCUGAGAUUUCUUUCGAGCAUAGCCACCAUCGUUGCAAUUGUGGUAUACAGCUAGCUUCAUAUUCUCAUAUAUUAGUGGACUCACAAUGGAGGAAGAAUAUAGCUUUGGCCAUCAUCAUCAUCAUCAUCAUGAGAGAGAGCACCACCACAGGAGAGACGAUUCGCCACCACGAGUCGUUGUGUAUGAGAAUGAUCCAGGUCAAUAUUACAGGAAUGAGCCAGUCGUUUAUGAGAAUGAUCCAGGACAAUAUUACAGGCAACCACCCGUCGUGUAUGAGAAUGAUCCAGGUCAAUAUUACAGGCAACCGCCAGUCGUGUAUGAGAAUGAUCCAGGUCAAUAUUAUAGGCAACCGCCAGUGGUGUACGAGAAUGAUCCAGGUCAAUAUUACAGGCAGCCUCCAAGUUUUGAAACUUAUCCCGAUAGAGCUGCUGAGCUCGACCAUCUCAGGUAUGAAGAGAGAAAACACAAGAAAGAGGAACAUUACGCGGAGGUUGGUGCAUUAGCCGCAGGUGCCUUUGCUCUGCACGAACAUCACAAAUUAAAGUCAGAGGGAGAGAACUCUGGCAGACACAAGCUGGAAGAGGAAGCUGCAGCUGGAUUGGGAAUGGGGGCGGUGGGCUAUGCGUUGUACGAACAUCACGAGAAGAAAAAGGAACACAAGGAAAUGGAGGAACUCGAGAAAUAUGAUUAUGAAGCAGGCAAACACAGAGAGCAUGGAUGGUUUAGGUGACUCCCUACUCACAUUAUAGGUCCCACCUAUCCAUGCAGUUACGAUGAUCUGAACAUAUUGAUUUGGGAAAAUCAAUCACUUUAAGACAGAAUCAGGAGUUGUGGCAAUCGAUCUAUUACGUUUGAAGUCUCGCUCUGCAUCAAGCUUCUAUGCUACAUCAUGAUGUAAUGGAAUUGGGAUCUACUUUAUAUACAUAGCCAGGGAAGGUACCCCUCUAGUUUGUGCAGCCUAUGCAGGGUCAAAGUUUCUUUGCAGUGUUCAUCAUCACGAAGAUGAUAUAUAUUGUUCCAAUUUUUCAUGAAGAUUAU